AAUGUAUAAAAAACGUAUUCAAAGGAACUGUGAACUCCCCUUCUCCCCCUCCCCAAAAAAAAAAAAAAGAGUUUUUCAAUUGCGAAGGCACCCACGUUUUCUCCCCCAGGAUGCACGCAAAACGUUUUUUUUUAAUUUUCCAAGCGUUUUUCCCUUUCCGUCACGUAUAUGUAUCUUUUUGCUAAACCCUUAAGCGAAGGCAGCAGCACCAGAAAAAAAAAAGAAAACAAAAUAAAGAGGAGCAGCGCGACGCAAAACAAACACGCCCUUUUAAAACAUUUCAGUACGAAGAUAUUUUUCUCGUCCGAUUUGUUUUUCGUCUUGGUCUUUCUGUUCGCAUUUUGUUUCCGCUUUCACGCUGCGUCUCCGUUCCGAGUAUUUCCAGCAGAAUGCCGCUAAACGUACAGGGAGGAAAGAAGAAGCCGCUGAAGGCCGCCAAGAAGGGACCCGUCGAAAUGACGGAAGAAGAAAAAGCUUUUAAAAAGGAAAUGGCCGAGAAGAAAAAGGCCGAAGAAGAAGCUAAACAGAAAUUGUUGAAGGCCAAAAAGAAGUAAACGACUGCCGAAUCGCUACAUAGAACAAGCAAAAUGAUGAAGGAGAUCCGCACGAGUGGGAAAAUCCCUUGGGUCUGUCAACGGAGCCCUUUGCUUGGGGAGACAACACUGACGAGAAGCUGGUCAUGCGCGAAGUCCUGUUUAAAGCACACCGAUUUUACGCCUUUUUUUUUUUUUUUAAUUUUUUAAGUAUAACCGUAUUGUAAAUAAUGCGCAAAUGUAUGCACAGUGCAUGCAAAAAAAAAAAAAAAAAAGACAACGCAAACACAAAAAAGAUAACGCAAACUCAAAAAAGAUAACGCAAACACAAAAAAGAUAACGCAGACACAAAAAAGAUAACCCAAAAAAAAAGAAAAUUUCACAACUCCCGUCCGUUGAACUUCUUCGGCCCGCGAACCUUUUAUGCUCAAAAGGGGAAACGGAGAAGACGUUGUUUGUCUGUCCACUGAUUGGAGCAAAAUUUGUGUCAGUUCUCACCGACGGAAAAAGAAAACUACUUGCAUGUACACGUGUGUAUAGUACAUAUGAUUCUUCUGUAAAAAACGAUUUAAAGAGUUUGACCAAAGCGAGGUGCGCAUGUACGGCAACGAGGGGUAGCCCUUCUGCGCUGAGCAGCAGUGAGUAGCAGCGAGCCUACGUCUGUGGAAGCCCCCCGUUCGGAGCUCCAUCUGGAGAUAAACGAAUGGUGUGCUACACAUGUAUAAGGCAACCUAUUGAUAUAUACGAAUAACUCCUCUGCGCGUUAAUCAGGUCAUUGUAAACCCUAAUGUGGCACCCCUUUUAAAACAUCACCGCUCCAUGUGUGCGACCUUUAACUUGGCACUGUUCUUACAUUAUAUGUAGCACACGAACGGGGGAAGAUUAUCUUACCUACCCAGCCCAUUUCGCGUAGCUACUCAUAAAAAGAAAAGGCGCUCUCGUAAAACUUAAUUUAAAAAUAUAUGAUGGGAUGAUGAGCUAUACUUUUUUUCUUUUUUUUUCCCCACAAUUGGGGGAUACUUUUUCGACCGUUCCCCGCACAGGAAAAUGCAAAUAUAUACCUGUGCAUGCCGCGGGAAAGCAGCAGCAGCUGUAGCGGUGACAGGUUUCAGUUGCUGGCCU